AUGACCGAACUCACCCCGUACGAGCUCGAGCGCGAGCGCAGAAUCGCGGUGAACCGACAGCGCAUGCUCGCCCUCGGUUUGCGUCGCGACGACGUGCGCAUGCACGACGCGUCGCGCGCGCGCGCGUCGGGGAAAGAUUCAAAAGCGGCCGCGACAGCUCGAGCGGUGAAAUCGCCGACGAAAUCGCGUCGCGCGCGCGACGCGAGCGAACGCGACGACGUCCGACGGUCGUCUCGACGGCGUGGGAUCGCGCCCGAGCGCUUCGCGUCGACGAGCGACGACGCGCGCGAGAGCGAUGGAGGCGAGGGGUCGAGGCGAGGCGACGACGAGACGACGGCUGAGACGCGAGCGCUGCACGAACGCGCGGCGGAGGCGUACGCGGCGAGAAACGCGGGGAAACAGGCGCGCGCGGCGAUCGUGGGGACGACGUCGUAUAAUCACACGCUCAUGCGCGUGAAGACGAUGGACGAACGAGGGCUGGAGCGAAGGAUGCACGCCAUCAGAAACGCGCGCGGAAAGCACUGCGUGACGAAGAUGCGGCUGUUCGCUCGAGUGUUGUUUUUGGAGGGAUACGAGGACUUAGCGGGGAUGUGCGUGGAGGCGCUGGAGGAAUUAGUGGCGGAACUGGGCGAUCCGGACGAGGAGGACAUGAAGGCGGCGGCGGUGGACAUCGCGCGAGAGGAGAGAGACGGAGCGAACUUUCGUUGCGACGCCGCCACCGACUUGUCGGACCCGUCCGUGUACGCGGACGUCGUUCGCAUCGAAGCCAAAGCCGUGAGCGCGAUGGCGGUGGAUGAAAAACCUACGAGCGCCGCGCUCGCGGGAAUCCCCAACGCGAAUCGCUGGCAGGUCGCCGCCGCGGCGCUCGUCGGCGCCGACGGCGCGCUCAAGCCGAGCGGCAACGUCGUGUCGUUCGACAAAAACGGCGCGUACCACGUCGCGCGCGUCACGCCCGAGAUGCGUAAAAAGAUGAAGAGAUGA